CUGCGGGCCAGGAAGCCGGGGGCGACCGAGCGGAGCGCGGAGGGUAACCGGCUGUGGGCACGAUGAGACCCGGAGAGCAGCGGCCCGUGGAGGGGGGCGCAUGCUGUGGCGUCUCCGAGCUGGAGCUGCUGAAGCUGCGCGCGGCGGAGCGCAUCGACGAGGCGGCCGAGCGGCUGGGGGCCUUGAGCCGCGCGAUCUGGAGCGAGCCGGAGCUGGCCUACGAGGAGCACCAUGCCCACCGGGUGCUGACGAGCUUCUUCGAAAGGGAAUCGCCGGCCGCUUCCUGGGCGGUGCAGCCGCACUACCAGCUGCCCACGGCCUUCCGCGCCGAGUGGGAGCCUGCGGGGGUCCAGGAGCCGAGCGCCGCGCGGCGGCCGCUGCACCUGUGCUUUCUGUGCGAGUACGACGCGCUGCCGGGCAUCGGCCACGCCUGCGGCCACAACCUCAUCGCCGAGGUCGGGGCGGCGGCCGCGCUGGGCGUAAAGGGGGCCCUGGAGAGCCUCCCCGGGCCGCCUCCGCCCGUGAAGGUAAUUGUCCUGGGAACCCCUGCAGAAGAAGAUGGUGGUGGCAAAAUUGACUUAAUUGAAGCAGGGGCUUUUAAAAAUCUUGAUGUUGUUCUUAUGGCCCAUCCAUCUCAAGAGAAUGCUGCUUAUCUACCAGAUGUCGCUGAACAUGAUAUGACUGUGAAAUACUAUGGAAAAGCAUCUCAUGCUGCUGCUUAUCCCUGGGAAGGAGUAAAUGCAUUAGAUGCUGCUGUUCUUGCCUACAACAAUCUGUCUGUGUUAAGACAGCAAAUGAAACCAAACUGGAGAGCUCAUGGUAUAAUAAAAAAUGGUGGUGUAAAACCCAAUAUCAUUCCCUGUUAUUCUGAAUUAAUCUAUUACUUCCGUGCACCCUCAAUGAAAGAACUUCAAGUUUUGACUAAAAAGGCAGAAGAUUGCUUCAGAGCUGCAGCUAUGUCUACAGGGUGCACAGUAGAAAUUAAAGCUGGAGCACAUGAUUAUUACAAUGUUCUUCCCAAUAAAAGUCUUUGGAAAGCUUAUAUGGAAAAUGGAAAACAGCUGGGAAUAGAAUUUAUUUCAGAAGAUACAGUGUUGAAUAACCCUUCAGGAUCUACUGAUUUUGGAAAUGUUACUUUUGUGGUUCCUGGGCUUCAUCCGUAUUUUUACAUUGGAUCCAAUGCCUUGAAUCAUACUGAACAAUACACCGAAGCUGUGGGUAAGUGUUCUGCAGGAUCACAAGAAGCUCAGUUCUACACUUUGCGUACAGCCAAAGCUCUGGCAAUGACUGCAUUGGAUGUUAUUUUUAAACCAGAGUUGCUGGAAAGAAUCAGAGAAGACUUUAAAUUGAAACUUCAAGAAGAACAGUUUUUAAAUACAAUAGAAUAAAAGGAAGAUUUAGGAGCUACUUAUGAAUUAUCAAGACAGGAUGAUUUUUUUUCUUUAAUCUUUUUUAAUGAAGAAGGGCAUACUUGUUUUUCAGUCUUAAAGGAGUUAAAUUCCUCUUGCCUGUUAAGUGAGGGCAGGAUGUGGAGAAAACAUAUUACCUCAUCUAAAAUGAAAAUUUUUGAAAAUCUAUACUUGAUGGAAUUGUGAUAUUUCAGGAGCUGUAUGUGAUGCCAUUUCUUAAGCUGGACAAUAUGUGGUUUAUCAGUGAUAAUAUGUUGUAUGAGUGUAUAGUAAAAGGUCCAAGAGAUUUCAAACCUUAUAAUCAGAAUUGACACCCAUGAAAGUUUUGUCGUAUAGCGUAAUAAAUUUAUUCUCUAAAGUUUUAAAAUUCAAGUGCUAAAUUUAGGCAAAGUUUGUUUGGAAUAUCUGACUAUCUGUUUUGGUUUAGAGAACCUCUUCAUUUAUAAUAAAAGUAGACUUUUAAUCAGAAUUGCUUGUGGGAAACAACUAGAAACUCAGGUACAAGUAAUCUUUAGUUUUACCAUAUUUUUUUUUUUUUUUUUUGUCUUUUUCGUGACCGGCACUCAGCCAGUGAGUGCAUCAGCCAGUCCUAUAUAGGAUCCGAACCCGCGGCAGGAGCGACGUCGCGCUCCCAGCGCCGCACUCUCCCGAGUGCGCCACGGGCUCGGCCCUAGUUUUACCAUAUGAAGGAAAAAUGAGAAUUUUUUUUUAAACAUAUAGUUAACUCUGCAAAAUGGCAUUAAAGUAAUUCCUAAUUCAAUAUAACAGUAACAGAUUUACAACAACAUGGAUGGACCUUGAGAGAAUUAUAUUAAGUGAAACAAGUCAGGCACAGAAAGAAAUACCACAUGUUCUCACUUAUUGGUGGGAGCUAAAAAUAAAUAUAUAAAUUC